AAAGCGAUUUCAGAAAACAGCUGCAGCUUCAGUCUAAAGCGAACUCUCGAAAAGUCGCCAGCAAACGGUUCUCCGAACAGUGAAUUCCCAGUUAACUACAUAUAUAUCUAUCUAUACAAUAUGGCUAAUUCCAACGCCAAGCCUAAGUACACAAAACUCUUUAUUAACAAUGAGUUUGUUGACGCCGCAUCUGGCAAGACCUUUGCAACCUUUAACCCAGCAACGGGUAAGGAGAUCAUUAAGGUUGCCGAGGGCGAUAAGGCUGAUGUUGACCUGGCCGUAACUGCUGCCAAGAAGGCCUUCCAUCGUGGUUCCGUGUGGCGUCAAAUGAGUCCUCUGCAACGCACCAAUCUGAUGCACAAGCUGUGCGAGCUGAUGGAGCGUGACAAGCACUUCCUGGCCAGCAUUGAGACACAGGACAAUGGCAAGCCCUUUGCGGAGGCACUCUUUGACGUGACCAUUUCGAUCAUGACACUGCAGUACUAUGCCGGCUGGACCGACAAGUUUUUUGGUGACACCAUUCCUGCUGGUGGAUUCAUUGCGAUGACUCGCAAGGAGCCCGUUGGAGUUGUGGGUCAAAUCAUUCCCUGGAACUACCCGCUCUUGAUGUUGGCCUGGAAGUGGGGACCUGCACUGGCCGUUGGCUGCACUAUUGUCAUGAAGCCGGCGGAGCAAACGCCUCUCACAGCCCUGCACAUGGCUGCUCUGGCCAAAGAGGCCGGCUUUCCAGCUGGCGUUAUCAAUGUGAUCAACGGAUUUGGACCCACCGCUGGCGCCGCUAUCAGUGAGCAUCCCGAAAUCUCCAAGGUGGCCUUCACCGGAUCUGUGGACAUUGGUCGCAUUGUUAUGCAGGCGGCGGCCACGUCAAACCUGAAGCGCGUUUCCUUGGAACUCGGUGGCAAGAGUCCUGUGGUGGUUUUCGAGGAUGCGGACAUCGACUACGCUGUGGAUACCACACACGAGGCCUUGUUCUCCAAUCACGGCCAGAGCUGCUGCGCCGGCAGUCGCACCUAUGUGCACGAGAAGAUCUACGACAAGUUCGUGGAGAAGGCGGCAGCCAAGGCAAAGGCUCGCAAGGUGGGCAGCCCCUUCGAUGAGAAUGUCCUGCAGGGUCCACAAAUCGAUGAAGAGAUGAUGACCAAGGUUCUCGGCUACAUUGAGAGUGGCAAGAAGCAGGGAGCCAAGUUGCAGGCUGGUGGCAAGCGUAUUGGCAAUGUGGGCUACUUCAUUGAGCCCACUGUCUUCUCAGAUGUCAAGGAUGAAAUGCGCAUUGCCCAAGAGGAGAUCUUUGGACCCGUUCAGUCCAUCUUCAAGUUCAGCUGCAUCGACGAGAUGAUUGAUCGGGCCAACAAUGUACAGUACGGUCUAGCCGCAGGCGUCAUUACCAACGACAUCAACAAGGCCAUGAAGUUUGCCAACAGCGUCGACGCUGGAUCCGUAUGGAUCAAUUGUUAUGAUGCCGUCUUGCCCCAGACUCCGUUCGGUGGCUACAAGCAUUCGGGCAUUGGUCGCGAACUGGGCAAGGAUGGUCUGGAUAACUAUUUGGAGACCAAGACCAUUACAAUGAAACUCUUAUAAAGUGAAAAGCAUCUAACAUAUAUGGAAUAUUUGAAUUUUAUGUGCACCUUUUGGUUUUAUGGUUAGUCUAUUGCAUUUCAAUUAAAACUAUAUAUCAACUCUA